AUGAACUUUAUUUUUGAGGCACUUCUUCUUGUUGUGGCAUUUGCUUCUUGUGAUAAUUGUGAGUUAUGUCAAGACGGGAAAUGUACUAAUUGUAAAAGUGGAUUUAUGAUGUUAGGAGAUAAUUGUGUUGAUGGAAAUACUGUUCUAGACUAUUGUGAAGAAUUUAAUACUGACAAAUUUGGAUGUAAAAAAUGUGCUAGAGGUUAUUCUCCUACUCUUCAUGGACUUUGUUUAAAAUGUGAGCACUUGUUUGGUCCAGAUUGUCUUGACUGUGAUCAGACUAGAUCAGAUAAAUGUACACAAUGCAGAAAUGGAGCUAUCGUUACUAGGGAAGGGGCUUGCAUUUAUUGCAGAAAAUAUUUUAGGCAAUGUGCUGAAUGUGAUGGAAUGACAAUGAGGUGUACUAAAUGUUCAAAUGGAAGAAAACCAGAUAAUGGCUUCUGUUAA